UAAAAUAUAUGAUUGCACGAAGAGUAAAAGUGGCAUCAUAACACAUUACUAAAAUUCAAAUAUAUUUAUUUGAAAUUAUAUUUUAAUGGUUUUAAAAAUUUUACAAUUCGUUAACGUUUUUUGUAAAUUCAAUUUUCAGUAAAAUUACUUCAAUAAAAAAAAAAAUCAAUAAGUAAUAUUAAGUAGUGUAUUAAAGUAGCCAAAUUCAUUGAAAAUGUCUAAAAGAUCAUCAACUGAAUUUGAAGAAUCUAUGAAAGAUGAUAUAUCAAAAGAAAAGUUACAAGACAAGAAACAAAAAUUAACUUUUGGUAUGAAAAAAUCAAUACCUACAAAAACUGGUAUUAAAAUUAAGCUCAACACUCCAUCAAGUAAAGAACCCCCAUUAUUACCAAAACCAGCUUCAAAAUCAGUUGCUGCAGUCUUUGGUGAUGUUAGUGAUGAAGAACCUGAAGAAAUGCCUAGAGAAGCUAGAAUGCGAAUGAGAAAUAUUGGUAGAGAUACACCAACAUCAGCAGGACCCAAUUCUUUUGGUAAAACUAAGCAUGGUUUCUGUAAUACUGGAAAACUAUUAGAAAAAACUCUGAAAGAAGCUACAAAAGCAUUAGUUGAUGAUAACAAAUAAGUUUAAUUAAAAUACUUAACAAUAACGACUUGUGAAUAUUGUUUCUGUACUUUACAAUUAUAAUUUUUAAAAUUAAGUUUUGAUGUAUGACCAUGACUAUGUACUUUAAAUUACAAACCUAUUUAAUAUUUCA